AUGGCCGCCGCUUCCACGCCGUCGCGGUCCGUCUUCGCCCGCGCGCUCCUCCGCUCGGCUACCUCUCGGCCCGUGGCGACAUGUCCAAUGCAGAUGCGCCGGGGCCUGCGCGCCGCCGCUGCCUCACAGGCCUGCUCCGCGCGCUCCUUUAGCGGUAGCGUCAGCAUGGUCUCGUCAUCACGAUCGCUCAACAACACCCGUCCGCAAGCCCAAGCCCUGGCCCGCCAGCCCCGACGACACCCGAGCGCCGCCGCGCGCCGCACCAUCUUCAUCCAGACCGAGCCGACGCCCAACGGCGACGCUCUCAAGUUCCUCCCCAACCACCGCGUGCUCCCCGAGGGCUUCGCCGCGCCGUUCGUCGAGUACCUCAGCCCGCGCGCCACCAUCUCGCUGCCGCACCCGUCGCCGCUCGCCGCCAAGCUUAUGAAUAUUGACGGCGUCACGUCCGUCUUCUACGGCGCUGACUUCAUCACCGUCACAAAGGCCGGCGAUGCCAACUGGGCCCACAUCCGCCCGGAGGUCUUCGCCCUCAUCACCGAGGCCGUCACCGCCGGUGAGGCCAUCGUCACCGUCAAGGAGGCUGGCCCGGCCGGCUCGGAGGGUGCCGCCGCGGAGGAAGCGGUUGACAGCUUGGCGUACAACGAGGACGACGACGAGGUUGUCGGCAUGAUCAAGGAGCUGCUGGAGACGAGGAUCAGGCCGGCUAUCCAGGAGGACGGCGGCGAUAUCGAGUUUCGUGGCUUUGACGAGGAGGGCUUCGUCAACCUGAAGCUCCGCGGCGCUUGCCGCACCUGCGACUCGAGUACGGUAACGCUGAAGAAUGGCAUCGAGGGCAUGUUGAUGCAUUAUAUUGAGGAGGUCAAGGGUGUUCGCCAGAUCCUCGACGAAGAGGAGCAGAUUUCCAUGCAAGAAUUCGCCAAGUUUGAGGAGAAGCUGAAGCAGUCAAAGGGUGUAGCUCAAAGUGCAUAA